AUGUCACAUUGUUUUGAACGGAGUGCUCCAGCUACUACUACAACAAAAGACAAUAGUACUACCUCUUGGCAUCCCGAUUCACUUUCUAUUCAUACAAUUUCUGAUAAACGUUGUUCUGCAGAGUCAUUAUUUUCAACUCUUACUGUUGAUCAAUUAAAUACUUUAACAAAUUCUGGAAAUAUUUUUAGUUCAUUAACUUCAUCCUUAAACCAAUCACCUCAGUCGUCUGUUACGUCUUCAAUUUAUUCUCCAGACACAACAUUAAAAAAACAAAAUAAUAUGCUGGACGUUGAAACACCUAAUCAUUCUUUAAUGGAAGGUAUCACUGCGUCAGCAAAAGCUGCUUCACAAACAGCAAAUCUUUUUAAAAAUGAAAUUAAUGAAAAAGAAGUUUCUGAAAAUGAUAUCAUUGAUCUCGAAAAAAGUAAACAAAUGCAGUCAGAUUUUAUGGCUAAAAUUAGUAAUUCAUUUAAUUUUUCCUCAAAUCAAGAUAUUGAGAAAAAUAAUGAUGUUGAGUCAAUGGAGAUAGAUGAUCAAGAAGCAGCAAAUCUUUUAUUAAAUUUUUCUAAUUCAAAUUCUAAUCAGCAACAGCAGCAGACAAAUGCCUCUUCUUCUCAUUCUAAUGGAUCAUAUGUUACGGCUCCUGGAUUGAAUCCCCCUACUUCUACUUCUUUAAGUAGUGGUAUUAAUGGAACUGGGACAUUUGUUUGUUCAAUUUGUGGUUUUUCUUGUAAUUCAAAAUUUCAUCAUAAUAGUCAUAUGAAUACUCAUAGUACUCAUCAAUGUCAAAAUGCCUGUGGUUAUAAUACAAGAACACUUGGUAGAUUAAAAAAACAUAUGUUAUCAUGUCAUUCUACAGAAAAUCGUAAUUCUUCUGAUAUUACAUCAAAUGAUACAUCUAAUAUAAAUUCUAAUAUGGAAACUAGUAGUGAUUUAGCUGCAGAUGUUAAAUCUCUUGUUGAUAGUGUUAAUAAAGUUAAAGAAGAAUUAUUAUUAGAUUCAUCUCAAUCAUCAGCUCUUGAUCAAAUUAAAGCACUAACAGAAAAAUCAACACAUAUUCCAGUUGUUUCGAUAAAUUCUGGUGAUUUAACAGCUGCAUUAAAUUCUCUAACAUCAGUAACAUCAAAUGAUGAUGGGCUAUCUUCUUCAUUUCUUGAUGCUACAUCUUCAUCAGAUUCUCCACCAACAGAGCAAAGACGAUCAUCUGGAAAACCAAAAAAUUAUAAAUGCAAACAAUGUAAUCAUGUCAGUACAUCAAAAGAUGAACAAUGGGCUCAUGCAAGAACUCACAUUCCACCUGAAAAACAAUUAGUCUGUCCAAAAUGUGACUUUGUUACAGAAUAUAAACAUCAUCUUGAGUAUCAUAUCAGAAAUCAUUUUGGUUCAAAACCAUUUCAAUGCAACAAAUGUUCUUACUCAUGUGUUAAUAAAUCUAUGCUUAAUAGUCAUAUGAAAUCUCAUACAAAUGUUUAUCAAUUUAGAUGUCGUGACUGUACUUAUGCUACCAAAUAUUGUCAUUCUUUAAAAUUACAUCUUCGAAAGUAUAAUCAUAAACGUGUUCCAGACAAUAAUGGUAAUGAUGAUCCAGAAAAUUUUGGUGAUUCACCUAAUGGUAGUACAAAUGAUGUAUCACGAUCAUUAUCAGAAUCAUAUGCUGCUCUUGCUGAUAGUGCAUUAUCAGCGGCAAAUGUUAUGAAUAACAACAACACUAUUUCUACCUCUUUAGCUAAUAGUUUUAUGUUACCACAAAUAAUGAAUACAUCUAAUUCACAAUUAUUAUUUAAUCAACAAAAUUUAGAUAUGAAUGCUUUGUUAAGAUUAAAUUCUCUUAAUAAUCAAAUUCAACAAGCCAAUUCUGUACAAGGAAUGUUAGAUGCCAAUAUGCCAUGCAAACUAUGUGAUUAUAUUCCUUUUUCUAAAGAAGAUGCUGUAAAACAUAAUAUUCAACAUUUUCUAUCAAAUCAACAAUCAUCUAAGCCAUCUUUUAAUUUAAAUUCUCUUUCUAAUAAUCAAUUGGGUCAAAAUAAUUUCUCACUAAAAGUUGAAAUGCCUCCAUUACCACCAUUGAAACGAUUACAACGUAGUGGUAGUGAAGGAGAUGAUGAACAUAUGACAAAUUCACCAGAUGUUGAUUCAGCUUCAGGUGAAUCAAAUGUAUCACCAUUACUCUCAGGAAAAAUGUCAGGAGAUGAAACUAAUGAAAGUGUUAGUAGUUCUCGUGAUGGAAUAGCUGGUAUUAAAAGGAGAAAAGGUAUGAAAUUAGAUGAAAUUUCUCAAAGACUUCAAGGCAAAUCAUCACCAGAAAUAGAAGGUAAUUCAAGUGGUGGAGAAGAUAAUUGGUCAACAAGUACACCAGGUUCUAAGAAAGAUCUUAAUAUUUCUACUAAAGAUGAUAUUGAUAAUAAUUCUUCUCAAAUUAUUCACCAACCAAUUCCUCAAAUGGGAAAUAUUUCUCUUUCUAAUCCUAUGGCAACAAGAGAACCUGCAAACAUUAAUUUACUACAUAAUGGAUUAUUAGCACAUUUGACAAAUCUUCAGGAACAAAAUAAACUUGGUUCAUCAGAUGAUCAAUUUAAGUUUAUAUGUACACAUUGUAAAAUGGGUUUUGCUGAUCAAGCACUUUAUCAUAUUCAUUGUGGAUACCAUGGUUAUGAAAAUCCAUUUAAAUGUAAUCGUUGUGGUCAUUCGUCAAACGAUGCUUUAACAUUCAAUCUCCAUUUAUUACAAGGAAAACAUGAUUAG